UGCUCCUUCUACUGCGACCUGCGAACGGGAGCCGCGUCUCCGAGCAUGGAGCGGAGGAGCGAGAGCCCCUGCCUGCGGGACAGCCCCGACAGAGGCAGCGGCAGCCCCGAUGUCAAAGGGCCUCCCCCCGGGAAGGUGGCCAGGCUGGAGCAGAACGGCAGUCCUAUGGGCACCCGCGGGAGGCCCAACGGCGCCGUCACCAAGCCCGUGGGAGGUUUGAUGAUUCCAGUCUUUUGUGUGGUGGAGCAGUCGGAUGCCUCUCUUGAAUAUGAUAAUCGAGAAGAGCAUGCUGAGUUCGUUCUGGUUCGCAAAGAUGUGCUCUUUAGCCAGCUGGUGGAGACAGCGCUCCUGGCUCUGGGGUAUUCCCACAGCUCUGCGGCUCAGGCACAAGGAAUAAUCAAGCUUGGGAGGUGGAAUCCCCUCCCUCUCAGUUAUGUGACUGAUGCACCAGAUGCGACAGUAGCCGACAUGCUACAAGAUGUCUAUCAUGUUGUGACAUUGAAAAUCCAAUUACAAAGUUGUUCCAAGUUGGAAGACUUGCCAGCAGAGCAGUGGAACCACGCCACAGUUCGCAAUGCCUUAAAGGAACUGCUCAAAGAGAUGAAUCAGAGCACGUUAGCCAAAGAAUGCCCUCUUUCACAGAGUAUGAUUUCAUCCAUUGUAAAUAGCACAUACUAUGCCAAUGUGUCAGCAACCAAGUGCCAGGAGUUUGGGAGAUGGUACAAAAAGUACAAGAAGAUUAAAGUGGAAAGAGUGGAAAGAGAAAACCUUUCAGACUAUUGUGUUCUUGGUCAACGUCCCAUGCACUUACCAAAUAUCAACCAACUGGCAACUUUGGGAAAAACUAACGAACAGUCUCCUCAUGGCCAAAUUCACCACAGUACUCCAAUCCGAAACCAAGUGCCAACGAUGCAGACAAUGAUAAACCCUGGGCUCCUGUCUCCUCAGCUCAGUCCACAACUGGUGAGGCAGCAGAUAGCAAUGGCCCAUCUGAUAAACCAACAGAUUGCCGUCAGCCGGCUAUUGGCUCACCAGCACCCACAAGCUAUCAACCAGCAGUUCUUGAAUCAUCCACCCAUCCCUAGAGCUGUCAAACCAGAGCCAUCAAAUUCAUCGGUGGAAGUCUCUCCAGAUAUUUACCAGCAAGUCAGAGAUGAGCUGAAGAGAGCCAGUGUAUCUCAAGCUGUCUUUGCAAGAGUAGCAUUCAACCGCACACAGGGCUUGUUGUCUGAGAUCCUGCGUAAGGAAGAAGACCCUAGGACAGCUUCCCAGUCCCUCCUGGUAAACUUAAGGGCGAUGCAGAAUUUCCUCAACUUGCCUGACUCAGAACGGGAUCGUAUCUAUCAGGAUGAGAGAGAGAGAAGCAUGAAUCCCAAUGUGAGCAUGGUGUCUUCAGCAGCCGGCAGCCCAAGCUCCUCUAGAACCCCCCAGGCCAAAACCUCGACACCAACAACAGACCUCCCCAUUAAGGCGGACGGCGCCAACGUCAACAUCACAGCUGCCAUUUAUGACGAGAUCCAACAGGAGAUGAAAAGGGCCAAGGUAUCUCAAGCUCUGUUUGCCAAAGUGGCUGCCAAUAAAAGUCAGGGCUGGCUAUGUGAGCUACUUCGCUGGAAAGAAAACCCAAGUCCAGAAAACCGCACCCUCUGGGAGAACCUCUGCACCAUUCGUCGCUUCCUGAACCUUCCUCAGCAUGAGAGGGAUGUGAUCUAUGAGGAGGAGUCCAGACAUCACCACAGUGAGCGUAUGCAGCAUGUUGUCCAGCUCACUCCUGAGCCUGUGCAGGUGCUGCACAGACAGCAGUCCCAGCCUGCAAAGGAGAAUUCCCCACCUAGAGAAGAGGCUCCUCCUCCACCUGCUGAGGACAGUUGCGCCAAAAAGCCCAGGUCCCGUACCAAGAUAUCCCUGGAAGCCCUAGGUAUCCUUCAAAGCUUUAUCCACGAUGUAGGCCUCUACCCUGAUCAGGAAGCCAUUCAUACCCUCUCUGCUCAGCUGGAUCUCCCCAAACACACCAUCAUCAAAUUUUUCCAGAACCAACGUUACCAUGUAAAGCACCACGGGAAGCUAAAAGAGCAUUUGGGAACAGUGGUUGAUGUGGCAGAGUACAAGGAUGAGGAGCUGCUGACGGAGUCGGAGGAGAACGACAGCGAGGAGGGCUCGGAGGAGAUGUACAAAGUGGAGCCUGAGGAGGAAAACCCCGACAAAAGCAAGGCAGCUCCAGCAGACAUCGACCAGAGAUAAUGUGAGAUAGGAACACAGAAAGCAAUACAAUGAUCCAAGGAUGUUGUUUCUGUUUUUUUUUAAUUUUCUUUUUUUACUUUUUGUUUGUUUCUGUUGCGCAUGAUCCAUGUGCAAACUGAAUGAAUUCAGCAUUGCCCAGUCAGACAUCACCUUGACACAAACACUUGAGUGUUACACAUCCUACAUGUGACUGAAGUAAUCAUUGUAAUCACGUAGGAUUAUGCCUUCAUUAAUCUUGCACUUAUGAAAGGGACAUCUAGCAAGUAAAUGGGAAGAAAAAGUCCUAUGAAAUCAAUGAAGGAAACAUUACAACUUUGUGU